AUGAGGUCCGCCGUAGUCCUCCUGGGUUUCCUCCUCGCCUCGGCGCAGGCGUUCUACAUCCCCGCCCGCACCCGCCCGGCCUUGAACAGCCAGCCCUCCAGCUUCCUCGGCCAGACGGCGGCGGUCGCGCCGAGGGCAGCCCCCAGCGCCCGCCGCGCGAUCCUUGUGGCCUCCCUCGAGGACAUCGAGAAGAAGCUCAUCGCCGACGAGAAGGCUGCGGCUGCGGCGGCGAAGGCUAAGGUGGCGCCUUCGCCCACGAAGGCGCCGGCCCCGGCCCCGGCGCCCGCGCCCAAGGCUAAGGCGUCCGCGAUGCCCAAGGCCGCCCCGCCCGCACCCGUUGCUGUUGUCGCACCUGCUCCGGCACCGGUCCCGACGCCGGCUAAGAAGUCGUCUAGCGCCGUCGCCACCGGGGAGGUCGCGGAGGGAGUCGCCCUUGGCGCCCUGCCGUGGGUAGUCGCUCCGGUCGUCGCUUUGGCCGCGUUGCGCCCCGUCAUCUCCAAGGGAGUCGCUGCCCGUGACGCGGAGCAGAAGGCGAAGGCCAUCGAAGAGGCCAAGGCUGCCGAGGCGGCUGCCCGCGCCGCGAAGAUGGAAGGCCUGACCGCCAGCGACGAGGGCGCCGUGAAGGCCCUCAGCGCCGUGGCCGCGGUGUGCCUGGGCGGCCUCCUGGUGCAGCCCCUCUUCGCACCCCCGGACCUGGCGUCCCUCCCUGCCAAGCCCACGCCCACGGUCCAGACCAAGAAGGCCGACCCCGCCCCGGCCCCGGCCCCCGCCCCCAAGAAGGAGGAGCCCGCCCCCGCCCCCAAGCCGGAGCCCGCGCCGGCGCCGGCCCCGGCUCCGGCGCCUAAGGUGGAGCCUGCCCCAGCCCCCGCCCCCGCCCCCGCCCCUGCCCCGGCCCCGGCGCCUGCGCCUGCGCCUGCGCCUGCACCCGCCCCUGCUCCGGCCCCGGCCCCGGCCCCCGCCCCCGCCCCCGCCCCGGCCCCGGCCCCGGCCCCGGCCCCCGCCAAGAAGAGCAAGAAGGAAGAACCCGCCGCCCCCGCCUACGGCGGCCCGACUAGCGGGAGGGUGUUGGAGGCAGAAACGUUGAGCCCCGACACGCUCAACAUGCUCAAGUCGGUCAAGAAGAAAUAG